GAUUAAUUAUUCAAAGACCGACAGCCAAAGGGGGAGUUACCUGAUAGUACGGACCUACAAUAUUACAACCUGAUAUCAGGUGAGACAGUGGACCCUGCUACAUCUUCUUUUCUGCCUGUUCUCCACCUUCCUCUCUCCAUUUUUACUACUACGAUACCUGAAGACUUGAAAGGGAACUUUCAAAAACCAGGUUACAAGAGGAUUUUUUUUCUGUUUUGUGUUUUUUUUUUUUUUUUCCUCUGUUGAAGCCUUCUCUGCUUUUUCCCUUUUUUGCCAAUGCUUGUCACUAACAAACAGUUGAGCCUUGGUCGCUCCCACAGUUGGGACACAUUGGGAGGGAAUGAGGGUCAGUGGGACAGGUCUGAGAGUGUCUACGAGCAGCAGGCAAGAGUAGCCGGCCGGCGCAGCUCUCUUUCAUACGGGGAGGGAGGAGGGUGGUACGAGCCUCCACCAGGAGUGCGGCCCCCUGACCUGGAUUUAAAACGCGACCAAUAUUCCUACCAAGACCCUCUCUACGGACAGGUUUACCCAGACCGACACGACCCGCGCCUGAGGAAGGGCUCUGCGCCUGAUCUAAACCACUACGAACGUGCAUCUAUGGCUCACCGAGGAUCCAUUCCACAUCAGGAUUACUAUCCACAUGACCCGGCCAUGACUCCCCGGGCACCUGAGGGCUUUUACCGUCCAGAACACCAGCCUCCGCCACCUCACCCUCAUCCACUCAGUAGGUCAAGCUCUCAUUUUGGGAUUGCACCUGGGUCUCGUGCUGUGUGGGAUCAAGGUCAGGGAGGGAGAGUUGGACCUCAAGCCCCUUCAUCGCCUCUACCUCCUCCUCCUCCUCCUCCAACUGCCCAUGAAUUGAAUCGAGCUUAUAGGGAAGCUGGUGCUGUAACCGCUGCCAAAAUGACACCAGAUGGCCAACAGCGCAGACCUUCCAGAGACCCAUCUCCUGCUCACUAUGGUAUGGAGCAUGCAUCUCCCCUCUAUGCCAGUGAGCCUCCACCCCUGACAGGCCAGCCAGUCUAUACUGAUGUUAAUGGCCGCCCAUUGGAUCCACAGCAACAAGCUGCCACCUGUCUGGUAGUGGAUCCCGCAAGUCAAGGUAUGAUUAUGAGGCAAGAGACAGCCUCACCCUUCACUGUCCAACAACAGCAGCAAUUACAGCAGCAGCAACAGUUGCAUCAGCAGCAACUUCAACAGCAACAGCAAAUACAGCAGCAACAAUUACAACAACAGCAACUUCAACAGCAACAACUUCAACAGCAGCAGUUACAGCAACAACAAGUACAGCAGCAACAACUUCAACAGCAGCAAUUACAACAGCAACAGCUUCAACAGCAACAGUUACAGCAACAGCAACUGCAGCAAGAACAGUUGCAGCAGCAACUGCAGCAACAACAGGCCAUGCCACCUCCACCUACCAUGCCCGUCACUGACCCUAAUCUUUCUAUGGUGCCUCAACUUCCUGCUACACCUGCCCCAGUGCAGCCCGCAGCGGCAGUUGCCCCAGUUGCACCUGCCCCUGUGCAGCCUGUCCUAACUUCAGUCCCUCCUCCCCCAGCUACUCCACUUCCUGCUCCUCCCCCUGCUGCCCCACAAACACCUUUGCCCGUGGAACCCAAGAAAAUUGUUCAUCCUGAGUUUCUUGCCCUGUUGCGAAAUGAGGGCCUCUCCGAGAGCACCAUCUCCUCUGUUAUCCAGCAGGGAUUUGACUCCACUAGCAUGCUGGCUGUUAUGGAGGAAAAUGAUGUCCGUACCAUUGCCCCCAACCUUGGCCAGGCGCGUGUACUGUCUCGUCUGGUCCACAACUGUAAGCGACCCGCUGAGGCUCCGCUGCCUCCCUCUGUACCUCAAACACCCGUGCGAGGCCGCUCUAACAGCUUUAGCCAUCGCUCAGACAUCUCCCACCACCAGCAGCACCACCAUCCACAGCACCCUCCACAUUCUUUGACCGUGGACCCCAAUCUGAUGCAACCACAGACCCCUGGGGCCUUGCAGACCAUCUCACCAAGGAUGGGAGAAGCCAUGGGGAGGAGACCCAGCAGUGCUCCCUCACAGCACCUCCUGGAAGCUUCUGGAGGCUACCCAGGCCAACCGCCUCGCUCCCCAGGGCCAUAUGCUGGAGCCAUUAUGCCUGUUCAAUCAAGACCCAUGUCAGCCUACUCUGCUGGGAUGACCAUGCCAGGGAUGCCCAUGCAAGGUAUGCAGAUGAUGUCACAACAGAUGACUGGGUCAAUGCCUGCCAUAGCAGGGUCUAUUCACUCCAUGCAAGGUAUGCCACAGCAGAUGCCCGUAUCCAUGCCAGCUUUACAGCAGCCACCCCAACAGGUACCGAAAGCAUACUCUACCAAUUACACAGUGCCCAUGGAGCUUAUGAAGAGGGACAGGAACAUACUGCCAUUAUCACCCAUGCACAGCCCUCACCCCAGUCCUCAGCUUAUGCGAAAGGGUGCUGGGCCUGCACCGGACAAUGCCCUUGUUCCUAUGGGAGCUCCAGGCCAAAGCCAAGGUGCCCUGGUUGCUAACCAGAAGCUCAGUCGACGCACUGGUCCACCGGUCAUAGUGUCCACUAUGGCGUCUCCGGAUACAAGUAAAUCUUUUUUUCUCCUCCUUCCAUCCUUUUUGUUUGCUGUUUAUUUGAUGUCUUUUUGUGUUUUGCUUUCUCUUGGCUGUUUCACAUGUUUUUAAUAGAUAAGAAAAUGGAUUGGUGCUGGCGCUCUCCUUGUUUUGCAUAGUUUAUGUGUUCCUCUCAUUGCUUUGAUUAGCUCGACAAACCAGUGUUGCUGUGCUUUUAGUAAUAAUAUUAUGUUUUCACAGUUUGGUCGACAUUCAGGGUAUUGAACAACUUGAUUACUAGACUGCAGUCCCUCACUGUGCGGAAAAAAAACUCUAAACAUGUUUUCAUCCUUCAUUGUGAUGAAGAAUUAGUAUGUUAUGAGUGGAGUUUUUUGUGCAGCCAUUAUUCAUCUGAAGUGUUUGUGAGAUCUAUUUUCUGGUACGACGCAUGAUGCUUGACCUUA